AUGACUAGAACUAACAAAUGGACCGUUCAUGAAUCUAAAGCUGACUCUAAGUUCUUCACUAAGGUGGGCAACUACGGUGAAGCUCCAAACCAUGUCAAGAAGAAUGGUAAUGGUAAAGGUAACUGGGGUAAACCAGGUGACGAGAUCAAUGAUCUAAUAGAUAGUGGCGAGAUGCAACCUCUUUACAAUAAACAAAGAAGAGGCUCUAACACUCAAAACAAUGAAAGAAAGAUUAAGGAUAUUCAAGAUUUUAGUGAAUAA